AGAUGACGUCACGAGAGUUGGCUCGUGAAUAACGCCAGACGUUGCGGCAGGAUCUUUCAGAUCUCAGCGGGUACUCCGACGAGUAGCACGUACUGGGUGUGACUCCAGAGUUAUUCUUGCUGUGAACUCCCUCAGUCAGCACAGCUUACGUGCUCCUAGGCAAGAUGACGUACCGCCUACUGUACCUGAACAUCCGGGCCCGUGGGGAGCCCAUCAGGUGGCUGCUGCGGGCCUUGGAGGUGGAAUUCGAGGAGGAGCGGAUCGAUAUGUUCACCGAGUGGGGGGCCAAGAAGGAAGAGCUCAAGUGGGGCCAGACGCCGGUGCUGGAGGUGGACGGGGAGCAUCUGGGCCAGACAACUGUGAUUUGCCGCUACCUUGGGGAGAAGCACGACCUGGCUGUGGAGGACUCCUGGACUGCCACUCGCCAGCAGGAGGCCGUCGAGUACCUCCACGAUGUGUCCUCCCUCGCCGCCUUCGCCUUCUACUUCAGGAUGAAGGGCGAUGAGGAACAGAAAGAAUUCUUCAUGGGCAGAGUUCGGGAACGUCUGCCGAUGGUUGUGAAGAACUUGGAAGAUUUAGUCACCGACGAGGCCGGUUGGCUCCUGUCGCCAAAGAUGACGUGGGUGGACGUGUUCGUGGCAGCCUACCUGGACCAGUACGUGGACAUGAUUGAUGGCCUGCUGGAGGAAGCCCCCAAGCUGCAGGAGUUAUUGGCACGGGUGCGAUCUCUGCCGUCCAUCCAGGAGUGGCUCGAGGCACGUCCUGCCCUGCACGAGUUCGAGAGCAACGAGGGACUGUGAUCGCCCCCUGCAGGACGUGCUGGGCGGGCCGCCACGCCGCUCAGUUUCACGUAGAAGGGGUGGUAGGAUAGCUAUAGCCUGGUGGCUUGGGAAAGAGAAGUGGUCGGUGGUGAUGGUCGUGGUGGUGGUAUGUAGUGGUAAAAAUGGUUUUGAACUUCGAAAUAAUUUAAACGGUAAGAUUUUUUUUCUUUUAUAAGGGAGGCAGGAGAAGAAAUUGGAGAUACAUUAUAUCUAUUUCAAUGUAGUAAAUUUAGCAAAAUAUCUGUAUUGUUUUCGUGAGAGCACACAUAAUUUCGGCAAACAAGGAAAUAAAAACUUAACUUUUAGAAUGGAACUCAAUAACUCAGCUAGCCAAUUCAGACAUGUGAGUAUCGACAGCGAGGCGGAGGCCGUGCCUAGUCAGUAGCCACCCCAGCCUUUGCCAUACAGACAUCUGCACGCGAUGCUCGGAGAUUAUCGGAGGAACAGAUCAAAACCCUGCAUGUGAGGAAAAGAAGCGUGUAUCCACACUCAGGUAUGCAGUACAGCUAACACAGUUAUAUAGAUUAUCCAAGACACGAACAAUUACUAACUGAAAAGCAAGACACCCGUUAUGUGGCAUCGUCAUCUUGCUCGUAGUUGCAUCAUUCAUAUCAUUGUGAAAAAUUGACCAUAUUGCAACUGAAAACAGAAACAAAUUAGAACAGGUGCGAAUACUUCGAACACCUGACAAUGCUUUCCUUUUAUUGCGAUGGUAACGUCUUAAAUGCUCCACCUAUGGGAAUCUAUGUAGAAAUUCAGCAACCACCCUUAAUCUUUUGGGAGAGGUCUGUAUUCAUGCAGCUGUAGACGAACAUCCUGAAAGACCAAUUAGAAGGGUGGACCUCCAUCACAUACAGUUCUUAUUGAUCAUUGGCAUAACACACACACACACACACACACACACACACACACACACAUUAAGUGUAUGUUGAAAUAUCAGAUCAGAUAACACAUCAAGUCAUGGAGACAGCUGUGUGUUUGAUAUUAUACAAUUUGUGAAGCACCGUAUAGGUGAAAUAUCAGGAGCCUCCAAAUAUCGUUUCUAGGCAAACGCAUAAGUUCUUUUGUGUAUUGUCAUUAGUUUUAUCCCAGCGUUCCAGAGUUGCGGACAGCUCAGUGGUUGUGAUAAGAAAUAUACAAGUAAAAUUCAAGUUGUUAUACUGAAGUGCUGGGAGCUCAGCCUGGGAGAAUUUCAAGGUUUGUAGUGCUGGUGAAAAUCCCUUUUCCCUAAGAUAUGCGCAUCAUUUAAGAGUAAGUUGCCACAUUUGUUGGGAGGCGACAGUAAAACUUAUUUCCGACAGCGACGAUGUACAUAAUAAAUGUUUAAUUAGCCAUACCAGAUUUUUUUUAUAUAAAUUAAUUAGGUUUGUGAAAUAAACUGUUAUGAAUUGAAAAGUCUUAUUAUGGAUGAUGAAUGACAAAACACCACCAUCAUCACUGCCACCACGCAGUCUUGAGCAGUCAGGCUGGUUGUACAGUGAGUGACAAUACUACUUCUUAACUUUCAUGCCGAGUAACUGGUGUCAAAAUAUGCCAGGAAACUUGAAAUACUCUUUAUGUAGACGAGAAUAGAAAACAGAAAAAAGAUUACACAAUAC